AUGGACGAAGAUGGCGGAGAUGAUGAUGGAGAAGAUCCUGGUGAAAGGAAGAGACCUCGAUCAACACAAAACUCACUGAGCUAUGAACCAUCAAGUGAUGAAGGUGAAUCGCCCAGGUUGAAAAGAGAUGUGACUGAAGCAGAGUUGCAAGAGCCCGAGCAAGAAAGCAACAGACCGAGGAUUGAUGAGGGCGACGGAGAAGUUGAAGAAAAUCCGCACAAGUACCCAGCAACUGCCGUGAGAUGGGCAGAUGAGCAGCAAAGUUUCGGAACCACAAGGUCUUUAGCUGAAGGAGAAAAGUCGGAAGAGUACAAGGAGUAUGUUCGAAGAAUAAUGAUGAUCCGAAGCGUAGAGGAAAUGAAUCCGUACUUGAAAAGCGAAGUUCCAGAGUAUCACGACGAUGAGGAAGUCGAGAUGGAGGAAUUGGAAGAAGUUGAGGCAAAUGUUUAUGAAGAAGAGGAAGGAAUCCCAGAAUGGGAAGAUGAUGAAGAACUGAAUGAAAAGUUGCCAACAUGGUCAAACGAUUUCGAAGAUGGACCACCGAAGCUUACAGAUGAAGAGUUGGAAAAUGUCGACAAUGAGUCACGAGCAUUCGAGAUCGAACGAUUGGAAGAAAUGGGGGUGUUAAUAAGAUUGCACCCAGACGCAGAUAAGUCCAAGUACAAGUUCUUGUCGACAAAGGUAGUGUACGACUGGAGACAUCGAGAAGGAGAAUGGCAAAGGAGAGGAAGACUAGUUGCAAGAGAGUACAAGUGGCUAACAAGCUACGAUUUGGAAACAAGAGAAAAGUUGGAAAAGGAGGAGAUUAAGAGAAAGGCAGCUGAGUUUGGAGCUCAGUUGGGAGAAAGAUUGAAAAAGGAGAAGGCGAUGGCUGAAAAGAGGAGUGAGCCAAAGGUGAAGGCAAUGCCUAAAGCUGUUCCAAAGGCUGUGCCAGAUGUGUUGAAGAAGAAGAGACUGGAGAAAGAUGGCAAAGAGAGCCAGCCAGAGGCGAAAAAGAAAAAGUGGACAAAAGCCGGUGAGCAAGGAACGGAAAAGGAGAAUGAGCAGCAGCUGGAGUCGGACAUCUUGGAAAUGUUGCAAAGCAGGAAGCAGAUCUCGUACAACGUAAGCGCCUGCAACUUUUGCAACGAGAUUGGACAUAAGGCUGCCGCAUGCUUGAGAAUGGUGGAUCGCGCCAUCAAACAACAAGCUGGACUGUUUUACAGUCUCAGGUGGAGUAAGUUUUGCGUUUACUGCUUCAAGAAAGGCUUGGGAAAGAAAGGAAGAACGCAUUCCAUCCAUUGUCCAAAAGUCAUUGGCUUUGGGUGGACUGGCCUCGACGAGAAGGAUUGUUGGCGUCGCAAAGAAGUGGAAAAGAAAGCUGAAGCUGAGAAGUCAAAGGAAGAAGGCGAAAGAGUGUCUAAGAGUCUUGAGCAGGAAGAUGUCACGGAGGAAGUUGAAAAGGAUGAAGUGACAGAAUUCAUCGAAGAAGCAAACGCAGAGGCAGAGAAAAAGAAAGAGGAGAAAUAA